GUGUAUCAUACGAUUCAAUACAGUUCAGAGAGCACAGCCGAUUCAGCCGAAUAGGGUUCAACCAACUGCCUCGACACACGUGUCAUUUCCUCCCGUCAUCCAGCUACGCAAUAGAUAAGGUGUACUGUGCCCACAACCAAAGCAUCUAUCAUCUGAAGAAGCUCAGCAGCUAGCAGUUCUCCCGGUGCAUGUAGCGAUCACUCUCCCUCAUCAAGAAAUUGAAUUGCCCGGCUUUAGUCCUGAUGUCUCGUCGAUGUCUUCUCUCCCUCCACGUAUAAGCAAGUCGAGCUGCAUCAUGGCGGCGUUCAUGGCGAGCGGCAGGGCCGCCAUGGCCUCGACCAGGCCGAGCUUCGUCACUCCUCGCAGCUUCUUCAACUGGGGCAAAGGCGCCGGAGGAGCUGAGUCGCCGCCGCCGCCGCCACAGCUGAAGUUCCAGUACCACGACGUCCAGCUGCCGUUCCCCAUGUCGCUCGUGGCGAACACGCACCUAAGAGACCGCGAGCUCAAGUGCUGCUACAAGGCCACCGUGGACGGCUUCAGCGCGACGGACUUCCACCGGCGGUGCGACUUCAAGGGCCCCUGCGUCGUCGUCAGCUGCACCGGCGGCGGCUUCAGGUUCGGCGGGUUCAGCCCGGAGGGGUACCGCAGCACGGACGACUACUACGACACGCUGGACGCCUUCCUCUUCUACUGGCCGGAGCCGGCGCCGGUAGCAGAAGCCGCCGAGGCGCCGCCUGUGGUGCUGCCGAAGGUGGGCGGCAGCGGCGCGGCGCUUUUCGACUACUCCCGCGGCGGGCCCCAGUUCGGCGCCGACGGUCUGCUCAUCGGCCCGCCGCUCACCGCCGUGAUGGGCGUGUUCACGGGGCCCGACUCCAGCGCCGGCGUCGGCAACCUCCGCAGCGCGCGGUCGCGGCUCGGGCUGUCGUAUGCGAGGCGGGCGGACGGGAAGGAGAGCCUGUUCGGCGACGAGGGCAGGGCCGAGCUCGCGGAGGUGCUCGUCUUCUGCAGCCCGCAGAUCGCCAGCCUCUACUGAUUACUCAUUAGCGUGUGUGGUCCAGAAGGAAACUCCUCAGUCCUUACCUUGAUGGUGGAGGGCUCUGGCGGCCAGUGAUCCAAAUCCCAGAGAGCAACGUCGCCCUCACCUUCUACUACAACACCACCCUCCCCUUCAUUGCGCAGAGCCAUGGGCGGAAUCAGGAUUUGACCCUAGGAGGGGCCAAGAGGCCGAGUAGAAAAACUCAUGGAAUACAAAACGUGGGAGAAACAGAAGAAAGCUAUCAUUUACUACUAGAGUCGCAAAUGUUCAAUCCCAACAAACCAAAGUUACAUGUCUAACUAUUCAGCCACAACUACUAGUGCCGCUUCCUGCUACAGUUGCCAUAGAAGCUGAUUCAUUUUGGGGGGAGAGAGGAACAGGUUUAUACUACAGUAGCACUAAUGCGAAUGGCAAGGGGAAGAUGGAGCAGUUUUAUCCUUGGAGGCUUCAAGGUUCAACUGUAGCAGGCUCAUAGUUGAUUUUUGUCUGUUCCCUACUUGGGUCCUGGAAUAGCCGAUUGCAAAAAAUCUUUGUAGCCCAUACAUCAAUAUGUGGCAAGCAUUUAACUCAAUACACAUAGCUGUAGCUGAGUAUAGAUCGGCACAA